GCAGCAGAGAGAUAGGGACUGGGAACGUGAAUAAAAGCUGUGUUAAAUUGGGAAAGAGACCAGAGUACAUAGAGAAAGUGUGUAUUUUAGGAAGAGGUUACCAUCAAUUUUUUGGAUUUAAUUUUCUCCCUAAAUGUGAUUUUCUUUUUACCAGAUUUUUUUUUUGCUUAUUUCAUGUUCUGAGUGCAUCCUCACCUGAAAAGUUAGAUUUUGACAGUGUGUGUGUGAGUGUGUGUUUUUUUUUAUGUGUGUGAUAUAGUAUAGUAAGUCAUGGAACUGGAGCGUUUAGGUGGCGGCGGGGUUAAACCCGAGAGGGGCAACAGUCGUCUCUACAGGAUAGCACUGGCCAUGUGUGUGUGUCUCUGUGCCGCUCUGGUGCUUGCGCUCAUUCUGGUCUCUCAGAAAUCUAGUCAGGAGGAGUUCUGUCUGACCCCAGAAUGCAUCGAAGCAGCGGGGUCUGUCCUGAGUAAAAUGGACCGGUCCGUUAACCCCUGCGAGGACUUUUAUAGUUUCUCCUGUGGCGGUUGGUUAAAGGAGAACCCGAUCCCUGAAGACUCCUCCUCGUAUGGCAUCUACCCCUGGCUGCGACAGCAUGUAGACCUUCGACUCAAAGAGUUACUAGAAGCUCCUUCGGGCCCUGAUGAACUGGAAGCAGUGACCAAGGCUAAGAUCCUAUACCGCUCCUGUAUGAAUGAGACUUUACUGGAGGAGGUGGACACCAAACCGAUGCUGAAAACACUGAGACAGCGUGAGUUCCGCUGGCCUGUUGUGGGGGAUGGGCUCGGCGGGGAGUACCAGUGGUCGGCGGGGGAGUGGAGCCUCCUGAAGACUCUGGCAGAGAUGAGGAACCAGCACAGUAAGAGUGCCCUGAUUCGCCUGUACGUCUCCCCCGAUGACAAAAACUCCUUACACUACAUCAUCAAGCUCGAUCAGGCGUCCUUGUCUCUGCCUUCCAGGGAAGACUACAUCACCAACACUUCCUCCGCCCGGGCGUAUCGUGCAGCCUUGCUGAGUUUGAUGGUAGAUACAGCCGUCAUGCUGGGCGCUCCAGAGAAAUCAGCACUGACCCAGAUGGAACAGGCUCUUGCCUUCGAGACCCAACUGGCUCAUAUCCUGAUUCCCUACGAAAACCGCACCAGUGAGAACAUGUACAACAAACUCUCACUCUCCCGUCUGCAGCGCUCCAUACCACAGUUUGAUUGGCUGGGUUUUGUAAGAGCUGUGGUGGAGUCUAAAGUCGAGCCGGUUCGGUCUAUCUCUUCCUCUGAGCCCGUCAUCGUCCGAGCGCCGCAGUACUUCAAGGAACUUUUCAAGCUCAUUAACACCACAGACCCCAGGACUGUAGCUAACUACGUUACAUGGCGGACAGUUUUUUCCAGGAUCACCACUCUGAGCCGUCGUUUCCUUUACAGAUACCUGGACUAUGCUCGGGUAACCACGGGAACCACCUCUCUGACCCCCCGCUGGGAUAAGUGUGUAAACUACGUGGAGAACUCGCUUGUUUAUGCCACGGGGCACCUCUUUGUCAACACACACUUCCAGGAGGAUAAGAAACACAUGAUGGAGGAGCUGAUCGAGGGCGUUCGCUGGGCGUUCAUCGACAUUUUGCAAAAGGAGAACGACUGGAUGGAUCAACCAACAAAGAAGAGAGCCAUCGAGAAGGCUCAUGCAGUUCUGGCUAAAGUUGGCUACCCCGAGUUUAUUCUGAACGACACCUACCUCAAUGAAGAUUUAAAGCAGCUAGGGUUCAGGGAGAACGACUACUACGGGAAUGUGAUGCAGACGUUGAAGUUCAUCGCCCAGUCAGACAUCGGCUGGCUCCGAAAGAGUGUCCCGCGUACAGAGUGGUUUACAAACCCAACAACUGUGAACGCCUUCUACAGUUCGUCCACUAAUCAAAUCAGAUUUCCCGCUGGAGAGCUUCAAAAACCCUUCUUUUGGGGAAAAGAGUAUCCAAGAUCUUUAAGUUAUGGCGCCAUCGGGGUGAUAGUAGGACAUGAGUUAACACACGGCUUUGACAAUAAUGGUCGCAAGUAUGACAAAAAUGGCAACCUUGACUCGUGGUGGACAAACUCUUCUGUAACAGCCUUCAAUGAGAAGACCCAGUGUAUGAUUGACCAGUAUAAUGGCUACUACUGGGAGGAGGCCGGCCUAAAUGUGCGGGGCAAGAGGACACUGGCAGAAAACAUAGCCGACAAUGGAGGAAUAAGAGAGUCUUUUAGGGCGUACAGGCGCUGGGUAGAUGAGAACAGAGGUGGUGUGGAGGAGCCUCGGCUGCCUGGUGUCGGAUUGAACAACAACCAACUGUUUUUCCUGAGCUAUGCACAUGUGAGAUGUAACUCAUACAGACCAGAAGCAGCCAGGGACCAGAUCCAGAGUGGAGCUCACAGUCCACCAAAAUACAGAGUUAUCGGCGCAAUGAGCAACUAUGAAGAGUUUCGGAAAGCGUUCAGCUGCCCUGACUCGGUCAUGAACCGAGGUGCUCAGUCCUGCCGGGUGUGGUGACCUUUGACCUCAGCUAAGAUCCUGAACCAGGCCAGAGCUGUCAGCAGGACGUCUGUUUCAAAGGCCGAUAAUGCUGGGCUUAGCCAACUUAGUUUACAUGAUGUGGGAACAAUGCAAGAAAUGAAGCAGAGUUCUUCUCACAGAAAGAAUACACUUGUGUUACGGUAAGAGUGGGAAAUGUUGUAGACUGAAGCCAUUUUUAGUGGGCUACUGUAUCUCGUUACAGUUACUGCAUAAGUUGCAGUUACUGCAUAAGUCAUGACCGAAGCCAUUUGUUAAGGACCAUACUUUAUGGAUUAUAGAAAUGUUGGAAAAAAGAAGCUGCCCAUAUUUGUACUGUGUGACUUGAUAAAGCUAGAACCUUUCUUAUGGGAAUACAAUUGUUUUAUAUAUUAAAGUAACCGUACAAUGAAUGCUUACCUAUAUGGUAAAUGUUACGGUAACUGUGGUAAGCAGAAAUAUAUCAAGUCAAUAUUUUCAUAUAUUCAUUAGCAGCCAUGAAUUCCUGAAGAUUCAAUUAUGUGUGAGCAAAACAUGCUAAAUAUAAUACAAAAGGAAAUAAGUUAGAUAUGUACAGUCCAAUUUGAUCUCAUAUUAACUCUUUUCCUUUUUCCUUAUUUUAGUUUUUAAUAAUUGUGAAUGCAUUUAUCAUAAUUGUAAUAUAAUAUAUAUAACUAAUCUGUGUGUGUGCGUGUGUGCGUGGGUGUGCGUUCUCCUUUGAUAUGUCUUUGUCUCGUCUUUGCUUUCUGUCCCACUUUGUUUCAUCCCUGGUCUUAUGUCAGACAUUUAUAUUUAUUCUGCUAAAGUUCCGCCCGAGGCAAAUGAACUCACAGAAUUACAAGCACUCAAACUACAAGAUCCUGUACUCUCUCCAUCUGUCUUUCUGUUACAACACUGGCAAAGGUGCACUCACACUUCAGCUUGUUUGUGGUAUUGAAUGUUGCUCUGGAAUAUGGGGAGUAUUUUUUUUUUACAGAUUUCACAAGUUAGUCAGACAAUGUAUAGAAUAUAUGUUAUGAAAAAUGUGUUUAUAUUGACCCAGUGUUCAGGUUUGGUUUAGUAGAUUUAAAUAAUUGUCACCAGAAUUUUUAUUUCUUCUUCUGUUUAUUUCAAAUUUAUCUGACCAGCUUUUGUAAUUCUCCUUUUUGAAGCGCACUCAAACGUGUUUACAAAAGUUUACGACGAUAUUUAACAAAUUUAGCAAAUUUUGCACGUCUUGAGAGGAUGAAAAUAGCAAAUCCUAAGCAUUUCUCCUUGAUGAAUGACUUUGAUGAUUGCUGACAAUUCACUUUUGUCAAUUGGCUAUUCAGUUUAUCAUUUCAGUCCCCUCAAAAUAUGAUCACACAUUUUUUUUGCUUUUCCUUCAUUAUACUGUAGUAGCCUGAAUGUGAUUAUGGUUCACUGUGUUGCUGUUUUUUUCGUUGUGCCUCAUUCAGUUCAGGUUGUAAUA